UCGUGCCCCUCCAGCAUACAGCGUGCACCCGAAGGUGCUCUUUUCUGCCUUGGCAGACUUUUGGCAACUACGAACUCUCCAUGUCUUCGAGGAUUCUGAUGUGGUGUGUGGUGGCAAUGUACACCCGAGUUACUAGGCUGACCUGUCGUUGUUCAGGAGGAGCCGGGGUUACUGCUUUUCUUCUACUUGACGCCUCAUCUUCCGUCCGAUCUCCGCCACUUCCGCAUCGUCUUACGAUUUUAUCCAUCUGUUGUCGAGCACAUCAAAUCCGACUCAUUUAUGCGCGCUAUCGAGGAGCUCCUCGCUCGAUAUCCUCGCCUAUAUAGCCUUGAAAUCACCGUCGACCUUCGAGAGUACGCUAACCCGAUCGACCCUUCCACGGAGGCACGGGAGGCAGUCGAGCAACUCAAAGCCAUGCUCUCCUAUGUCUAUCGAGACAGGGUAUCGUUCGCCGCAGCGUGCUCACCCUAUUAUGUUGACUUGACUCGCCACGAGAUCUCGCUGGGCAUGCUCUAGCUUGAAUCACUUCUCGUCCCAAAGCGCUGUCCAGUGUGAUUGGCCGGUUUACGCUAUCUGGUUAUCUACUUAUUAUACGUGAUGAAGCUCUUGAAUGUUUGCAUCCUCAGUUUCUGUUUCCAAAUAUGCGCUUUAUUAUUGGCGCAUGAGAUAGUUAGUACGGUCAGCGAAGAGCGUAUACAAGGGAAGAUUUAUUUAUUUAUGGGUCUGACGGUCGACUUAUGGGCGGUCAG